AUGACGAUUAUUUUAUCAAAUAACAAUUAUCUUUUUGGAGUUUUUACAGCUAUACCAUGGACUUCGGAUAAUUCCAACAAGAGUGUUGAAGCAGCAUUUUUAUUCAAUUUGACCAAUCCUCAGGGUAUUCCAUCAAAUAUAUACCGCAUCGUUCCUACUGAAGUAGGAAACGCAGUUCGUCAUUACAGUACAUUUGAUCCAAUAUUUGGAAAUGGUAGUGAUAUAUGUUUGGUAAGUUGUAGCUAUGUAAACAAUUUCAGUGAAACUAAUUUCCCAAAAUCAUACGUCGAUACAACUGAAAAAAAAGAUUAGUACAUUUAUUAGAGCUCGAAAUUUUAUUACAUUUUACAUUGAAGUUACCAAAUUAGUUUAAUUUAUGUUUCUCGCUGCUAUUUCUUUAUUUUCGUUGAUGAAACAGAACUUUUUUUUAUUAAUGAUUACUUCAAUAUUUAAAUCUAUUUAAUUGAGAAAAUAUUAGAUAAGCUGACAAUAAGUGCAUGUUUUGUAUUCUAUAUAGAGUAUAUUUUACAAAAAAUAAUAAUUAAAAUGAGAAUGAUUAUCAUUGACAUGAUAAAAUAGAAACACAACUUUUUAUUUCUUGUUUGGAAAUUACUCAAUGUAAUGAAUGUCAUUUAGACAGAUUGAGAACGACUUGAAUCUUAGGUAUUUUCCUUUGAAAAAUCUAUUGAUGAUGUUGAUACGACCAGUAUCUUGUGUAUUCAAUAGUAAAAUUCGUAUAGAUUUAAAAGUCUGCAAGUAUUUUAGAGACAGAAUGAAUUUAUUCAUUAUCAUAGAUUAACUUACAGAAAUCGAUGUUACAGGUUUCAAUGAAAUAUUAUUUGUGCUUAGCUUUAAUUAAAACGUGAAAAUGCUACAAAAAUCGGUUUCUAAAUCUGUUGCCUUGUUGAAAUACUUAAUUUACAAGAGAAGCAUCUUCAAAUUAAAUAUGAAGAGUAAAAAUCUAGUACCCAUACUUACUUGGCUAUCUGAGAGUUUAAUCAAUCGAUGACUUACUUAGUUUUUACAACUAUUAUAGAAGAAAGGAUUCUGUGAAUUUUUAGGCACAUCACUCAAAAAAACUGUUCUUGCAUUCUCGACAUGUUUUAGCUUUUCUGAGUGCAUCACUACCAAAAACUCUGUUACUUCUUUGAUAAUGAUAUAAGACUUUUUCUCUGAUAGCAUUAUAAAUAUAUUUUGAAUAAUACAAAGAUCGAUACCCGAAUUUUACAUAGCUACUCAGAAUUUCUAUUCGAUAGAUUUAGGAAAGAAUAAUAAAAUCAAUUUUAUGAAUCUGUUUUUGUCCCUUUACUUAUUCUUGAAAAAAGUCAGUAAAAUUUUCAAAGAAGUUAUAUUUUUCCGUCAAUAGAUAAUCAUAUGCUGAUAUAUAUCGGAUAAGAACUUAUUCCAUAGGAUGAAGAUUAUCGCAUAGAUGAGAGUUGGCGAAGAACAUCCUUCGUUUUACUCCCAAUCAUCCACACCCACACUCUGAAUAAAAAUUCAUAUUUUAGCAUGAUCACAAAACUCGCCUAACGUUACUUGUUUAAUAAUAAUUGCGUGCGCAAGUAUGAGGAAGGAUCUUCUCCGAAAAUUCUUAACAUCUAACACACAGCAAUGAGGUUUACACAAAAUGCAUAGAUAUUUUAAAUAAUACUCUUUAUAAACGAAUCAUAAGUGAUGUUGUUGGGAUCAUCAAACGAAAUUAAGGAACGAUUUGAUAGAAAAAGCAAAGACUCCAAGUGAUAAUGUUUAGAAACAAUCUCGAAAUUGCUGAAACCAAAUCAAAUUGAUGAAGCUUUGAAGGAAGUCAAACAUUUGACAGAAAAUAAAAUGAAACGCUUCUUAAGUGGUGUCAAAUCUAUUUUGAAUACGAAAAUAAUUUAUGGAUCUGAUACAAAGAAGCACAUUCA